AUGCCAUAUUCCAACUUCAAUUUGUCUGACCUGCAAGACUACGUGCCACAUAACCCAUGCGAUGACAACCGCGACCUUGUUGCAUUGAGUGGCGCCUCGUAUGCAGCCGGAGACAGUAAUCCCGUCGAGGCCAUCAAUGCAUCUCUUCCUGACCCGACUUUUCAAUUCUGUGCGGAUGUGUUGCGCAGUAUAUCGCGACUUUUUCCUGGCCUACCCGCCUACCAUGAAAUAAAAGAUGAAAGAGGGGCUCCCAUUGAUAAGAUCGACGUACAAGCUCUAUCCAAGAAUGGCGAGAGCUCGAGACAUCAGGAUAAUCACCAGCCAAUCCCUGGUGAAAUCGAGGAUUCACACCACCGUCAUACUGUAUAUGCCACUUCUUUGGCAUAUAACAGCAAGCAAUAUGAGGGACUAUCCACCCCAGCGGUGGUACCUGUACACAUGAGCUCCUUUCCGGUGCUAAUGAAUUGUCGGGAUACGACUUCUUUAGGCAGUAGGCAUGAACCAUCAGCAUCACCUUCAAUACCGUCAAUGGGACAGCCAGGUCUCUCUAAUUGGCAUCAAGGUCAAUUCGACGAGCCGUUCCAGCCAUCGAUUGACCGGAGUGUAUGGCCGGAGCACGAUAUGGCGGCACCAUCCGCGCUUCACCUGGAUUCAGAAAGGGCGGGUUUUCUUACCCACCCAACAGUACCCGAUGCCUUCGACGGUACUUUGAGUCAUCGGGAUAACGGGAAGAACCUAAUGGUUGACCAGCAUACGGCGCCCGUCGAGAAUGUCGAUGGCAAUGAAAUGUCGUCUUCCCUAUCUCCCCACAUAGGGGGUCGCGCUGAUGCAGCCCAGCACCAAGUAAUAUUUUCCGACAAUGCUUGGUCAUGGGUCGAGUUGGGUGAGGGUCCAAACACCCAUUAUCCAACAACAUCUUUCUCCUUAUUAAGAGAGGAGAAAGAGAAUUGCACAUCUACAUCCAUCAGGGAUGGACACGAAGAACACCGCUCCAGGCUCACAAACGAGCCUGUAGAGCGACAAUACGUCGACAAAGCCCAAAAGAAUGAUGGAGGAUACGGCGGGCGGAGAGAGAUAGGGCCCAGCCAAACAAUUGGAAGUGGGGAAAGUGGAUCUCGAAAGAGACAACACGAGGAGUCGGACUCGGAGAUUGAGUCUGCUGGAGGCUCCCAUAAGCCCAAAAAGUCCAAGGUGAAGGAGUCCCUGGACUCCGUACCAGGAGACCGAAGCACAGGGGUGCAGGGAGCCAGGGGGAAGCGCAGAAACCUGAACCCGAGGGCUCCAGCAAUGAUGAAGUCGUACGCACACGACUUAACGCCGUUGGCGACGUCGGAGGCCAAGCAAGGUGGGUUCAUCCCAUUCGUCGCCGCAGAGACAAAGGCGGCUAGCAAGGCGUUUGCUCACCAUCAAAUGUCCGUCAACAUGGAAAAUAUGACAAUAGUGUAA